CACAACAAAGGGCCCUGAUUUUCGAGUGAUUGUAAAAUUUGACUGAUAACUGGCAAUUGGGUCCAUCUGCGUCACGGCGUCAGGCUGUUAGCUGCCGUGUAUGUGCUCCCCAGUCCCGAGAUUUUGCCGAGAUGGAAUACUACACUCCGGGGAAUACUAUUUGGCGUACGACCGCUCUCUCUGCUGCUUGUUAAGUUGGCCGUGAUGGAAGAAGAAAUAAACACUGGAAAUUCAUCUUCACCCCCUUAUUCCGACCAGCAAGAGAAGGUAAAAGAAGAACAAGAGGUGGUGAAAGAAGAAGAAGAAGAACUGCAUAAGCUUCUGGUCCCGGAUAUUCGAGACCUCCCUCUGACUCCUCCCUCUGUGGUCGAUUCCAACUACGUUAGCUUCUUUGCUCCAGAUUUUAUCAAGCCAGGACACGACCAGUACGUAUAUCGCCACGCUAACGGGCUAUGCGUGAUUGGUUUGGCUCCGACGCAUGUGGCCUUGAAGGAGGAAGGCGGAGUUACGGCUAUCGAUUUCAAUGUUGGGAAGUCAGACCGAAGCGCGAUCAAGGUUACCGGGAAGCGUAAAAAGAAUGCACAACACUUUGAACCCAACUCAGCUUUGUGUAAAGUGUGUACUAACGAUAAUUUCUAUAUUGUGAGAUGUUGUGUAAAAGGCUCUUUACUGGAAGUGAAUGAAAGGCUAAUUAAGCAACCUGGAUUGCUUAACUCAUCGGCAUCCAGAGAAGGAUACAUUGCAAUUAUCAUGCCGAAGCCAACAGAUUGGCCAAAAAUCAAGUCUUCUUUAUUGAGCUUCGAAGACUACGAGAAGUUGAAAGAUCUUUCCUGAUUAAUCGGAUGAUGUUAUUUUCUCUACCACUACAUAAAUGGUUCACCUAUCUGUGGGUUGGAAUGCUCGGGUAAAAGUAUCCUGAGUUGAGUACAAUAAAGGAUCUGACUGAAGUUGCUAAAUGAUCUGGAUAAACCAUUUUUUAAAAUUGAUUUCUGAUCCCUGGUUUCCAACAAUCUGUUUCAUCUUAAAACUCAAAAUUUACAGGAAUUCUCAUGCUGUCUCACUCACCUUUCCCCUAUCCAUUUUGAAUUGUCAUUUAGGAGUCUUUUCAUAGUUUGUAUUUUAUUUGAUGUUGCUUGCGUUGUUUUCUAUUUAGAUGCUUUGGAAGUUGUAUUCUAUGAGUUCCUUACUUUCCAUAGACGUGGCAUGAAGUGGGCAACCGCAGGCAGUGUUUAAUUGCAUGUGAAAUGUGAAAUGAAGGAAAACAACCAUUUUCCUA